AUGUUUAAUCCUAAACCUAUGGAAAAUCUUAGUGAUUAUUAAUGCUUUUAAAAUCAUUGUAUGCCUAUAUGUUCUGUAAAUAUGGAACCUGGUCUAGCUUUAGAUAAAAGAUUUGUUUGUAAAAAUUGUAUAGAAGUAACUCAUUUACCUGUUUGUCCAUUAAAAAAUGUUAUCUAAAUUAUAGAAAAACCAAUAAAAUAAAAAUUAAACUAAUAUGAAUAAAUCAUAACCCCUCAUCUAGAUUUACUCAAAUAAUUUUAUGAUAAAAUCUCUUUAAUGGAGUCUAUUAUUUUGAUGUAGCUAGAUUAAUUGACUGUCAUAGUUAAUGAUUGGAUUUCUAGUAUUAAGGAAAAAGGAGAAUAAAUAGCUUGUUAUAACUUUUUCAAUCAAUUAGACCUUUUAAUAAAUAAAUAACAAUCAAUAAAUAAACUAGAAACAAAAUAAAUUUAUUUUGAUUUGAUUACUCUAAAUGAUACUUAAAUUAAAUUGUUGAAUUCAUAGUUGGAUCCAUUCAAAUAUUUUGAAGGAUAUAAUUAAUUUCAAAAGUUAAUGAAAUAAAUUGUUACAAGCUUGGAUAAAUUUGAUUUAAAAGGAGGUCUCUUUUUUUAAGAAUAAAAUAAAUAAUAACCAAUAAAAUCUCAAAUAUAAUAAUAAUUAGGAAGAAAAUUAUUAGAAUAAUAAAAUAAAUAAACAAUAUCAAAUUCAAUUUUAUAAAAAAAUAGUGUAAGUAGCUCAUUUUAAUAUGAAAUCAUUAAAAAAUUAACAUAUGAAUAAGGAGAAUUAUGUUAAGCUUUGGCUAUUAAUUUUAAUAAUACUCUUAUUGCAAUAGCUUCUGAAUGCAACAUUAAUAUUUUAAAAAUAAAUUAAUCUUUAAAUUAAGAACCAGAGCUUUUAUAAAACUUAGAAAGGAUUCACAAAAAUCAUGUUACAACUCUAAAUUUCUUUAAAAAACAAUCAUAAAUUUUGAAUUAGCUAGUGUCAGGCUCUUUAGACUCUACUAUUAUAAUUUGGACUCCAGAUCAAUAAUUUACUUAAUGGAAUGCUUUAUUCUAAUUAAAAAAUCAUUUUUAUGCUAUUAAUUGUUUAUAAAUAAGUAAUUCUUUAGAAGAUUUUAUAGUAAGUGGAUCUGCUGACAAAACUAUUAAAUUUUGGUCUUUAAAUCCUUUAAAAUAUUGGAUUUGUUCAUAAACGAUUUAAGAACAUACUUCAUAUGUUUAUGGUUUAUCUAUUAAUGAUGAAGGAAAUUAAUUACUUUCUUGUGGAAAUGAUAAUUAUAUUUUAAUCAUUCAUAGAUCUAAUUAAUAAUAAUGGUAAAUAAAAUAAAGGAUACUUAAUGAUGGAAUUAGUAUAUCAUUCAUAACAAAUUAAACUUUUGCUUGUUAGUCUUUGGAUGGAACAUCAUUAACAUUUUAUAUUAUUGAUUAAAUAAAUGGAGAAUACAUUAAAUAUAAUACAUUUUAGAUUCAAACAAGAGGGAAAGGAAAUUCACUUUAUUUUCCUUUGUAUUACAAUACAUCUAAAAAUAUUCUACUAUCAAAAAAUGGGCACAAUAUAAAUUUAAUUAGUUUUGCUAACAAUUCUCUUUUAGACUGCCAAAUUGUUUUAGAAUAGGCCAUAUUUUUUGUUUAAAAUAUGAUUUAUGGUACAAUGAGUGAUGAUGGAACUCUUUUGGUAACAUGGGAUUCGAAAUCAAGUAAGAUUUAAUUUAGAAAAUAUAAGCAAAUUUGA